GCAGAAUAAUUGAACGUGUUUUCCAUGGCAGGGAAAUGCUCUUGAAGAUCGCUUUAUCAGUGUCAAUCUUGGAUAUAAGAUGAUUCCAAGGGGGUUUGUUGCUAGGCUGUUUAAGGGAACAAAAUUUACAUUGAGUCUUCCAUAUGAUUGGUACAAUGACUUUUCUGGGUUCUUAAUAUGCAUUGUUACCAAAGCAAGUCAUCCGCGUAUAAAUAUAAUCAUCAGGCAGGAGGUAGAUGAAGAUAUUCUCUCCGUGCUUUGGCAAGGGUCUAGUGAAGCACCAGCAGAUCCUAAAUAUGAUGGAAGUGUGUCAAUCAUAGGAUAUGUUUCCUUUAGUUCACUGAGGCACACAUCAUUGUUAAAUUCUUCAUACAAUAUGAUAUCAUUUUCCAUAGACGGAGGGCAUCUGAGUGGUUUAGCAGCUAACAGUUAUGUUGGAGGUGAGCUUCUUCCUUGGGGAAGUAAAGGUGAUGAGGUGAAAACAACAGAUUGCUCGGAAUUAUUUUGGGACAAGGAAAAUGAAGAUGGUUCAAACACAUUUACAAUCCGACAACAUGAUUCAAAGUCUUCGAUUGAGAUCUUAUGGCGGCCUUACUACACACAGAAAGUGGUUGUCAAAGUGGAUGUACACGAUGAUAAAGGAAAACGGAAAGUUAUGAAGGCAGUUUCCAGCCUUUCAGGGGUUGAGUCCAUAACUUUCGGCGUGAGAGACAAGACACUGACUGUCACUGGGGACACUGAUCCAGUUUUCAUCGUUGGAAAACUGAAAAAGUAUUGCCGCACAGAGAUAGUGACCAUUGGAACAGCCAAAGGUUGGUAGAAGCUUUCAGCAGGACCUUCAAUCCUGAAAUCGUACACAAUGAUUGUGUUUAUCAUUAAAUGACAUUUCCGUAUGCAUAUCUCCCACUUUCACCCUCAUCUUGUAAUUAAGACUACCGGUCGAUUUAUU